UUUUGUGCUGGUGAUUGCGGCCGGCUGGGAGUAGGCGGCAGUGAGUUUCCUUGGGAGGGUAGCGCGCUGGGCGCUUCUCCCCUCCCUCUCCCUCCCUUCUGCUUCCAGCCUCGGACUUGGUUGUUACGCGCACCGGCUCCCGCUGUGCUGGGAGAGUAGGAGGAGGUGGCGGCGGGCCGAGGUGAUGUCUGGGAGCCCUCCCUUGACAGCCCGGGCCGAGAAGAGUCCUUGCAGGAGGCAUCACCCAGGCUGGCAGAUCAUGGUGGCAGCAGUGGGGGUGGCUGGGAAGUGAAACGGAGCCAGCGGCUGAGGAGGGGCCCCAGCAGCCCCCGCAGGCCUUAUCAGGACAUGGAGUAUGAAAGACGAGGUGGCCGUGGCGACAGGACUGGCCGCUAUGGAGCCACUGACCGCUCACAGGAUGAUGGUGGGGAGAACCGGAGCCGUGACCAUGACUACCGGGACAUGGAUUACCGCUCAUAUCCUCGCGAGUAUGGCAGCCAGGAGGGCAAGCAGGACCAUGAUGACUCCUCUGAGGAACAGAGUGCAGAGCCCGAGACGGCGACUAUCGAGACCAGGACUAUCGGACCGAGCAAGGGGAGGAUGAGGAGGAGGAUGAGGAGGAGGAGGAGAAGGCCAGUAACAUCGUCAUGCUGAGGAUGCUGCCACAGGCAGCCACUGAGGAUGACAUCCGCGGCCAGCUGCAGUCCCACGGCGUCCAAGCACGGGAGGUCCGGCUAAUGCGGAACAAAUCCUCAGGUCAGAGCCGGGGCUUCGCCUUCGUCGAGUUUAGUCACUUGCAGGACGCUACACGAUGGAUGGAAGCCAAUCAGCACUCCCUCAACAUCCUGGGCCAGAAGGUGUCCAUGCACUACAGCGACCCCAAACCCAAGAUCAAUGAGGACUGGCUGUGUAAUAAGUGUGGUGUCCAGAACUUUAAGCGCCGUGAGAAGUGCUUCAAAUGUGGCGUCCCCAAGUCAGAGGCAGAGCAGAAGCUUCCCCUUGGCACGAGGCUGGACCAGCAGACGCUGCCUUUUUUUGGCGGGCCCACCAGCCUGCCGCUGGGCGGGCGGGAGCUGAGCCAGGGCCUGCUCCCCCUGCCGCAGCCCUACCAGGCCCAGGGAGUGCUGGCCUCUCAAGCCCUAUCCCAGGGCUCUGAGCCAAGCUCCGAGAACGCCAAUGACACCAUUAUUUUACGCAACCUGAACCCGCACAGUACCAUGGACUCCAUCCUGGGGGCCUUAGCGCCCUAUGCGGUGCUGUCGUCCUCCAAUGUGCGUGUCAUCAAGGACAAGCAGACCCAGCUGAACCGAGCCUUCGCCUUCAUCCAGCUCUCCACCAUCGUGGAGGCAGCCCAGCUGCUGCAGAUCCUGCAAGCCCCGCCCCCGCCACUCACCAUCGACGGCAAGACCAUCAACGUUGAGUUUGCCAAGGGCUCUAAGAGGGACAUGGCCUCCAACGAAGGCAGUCGCAUCAAUGCUGCCUCCGUGGCCAGCACAGCUAUUGCCGCAGCCCAGUGGGCCAUCUCACAGGCUUCCCAGGGUGGGGAGGGUGCCUGGGCCACCCCCGAGGAGCCACCGGUCGACUACAGCUACUACCAACAGGAUGAGGGCUAUGGCAGCAGCCAGGGCACAGAGUCCUCGCUCUAUGCCCAUGGCUACCUCAAGGGCGCCAAGGGCCCUGGCCUCACUGGAGCCAAAGGAGACCCAACUGGAGCAGGGCCCGAGGCCUCCCUGGAGCCUGGGGCAGACUCCGUGUCACUGCAGGCUUUCUCUCGUGCCCAGCCUGGUGCUGCCCCUGGCAUCUACCAGCAGUCAGCUGAGGUGAGCAGCAGCCAGGGCGCUGCUGCCAACAGCCAGUCAUACACCAUCAUGUCACCGGCUGUGCUCAAAUCCGAGCUCCAGAGCCCUACCCAUGCCAGCUCUGCCCUACCACCGGCCACCAGCCCCACUGCCCAGGAGUCCUACAGCCAGUACCCUGUGCCUGAUGUCUCCACCUACCAGUAUGAUGAGACGUCUGGCUACUACUAUGACCCCCAGACUGGCCUCUAUUAUGACCCUAACUCCCAGUAUUACUACAAUGCUCAGAGCCAGCAGUACCUAUACUGGGAUGGGGAGAGGCGGACCUACGUUCCUGCCCUGGAACAGACGGCCGAUGGACACAAGGAGACGGCGCCCUCAAAGGAGGGCAAAGAGAAGAAAGAGAAGCACAAGACCAAGACGGCCCAGCAGAUUGCUAAGGACAUGGAACGCUGGGCCCGCAGUCUCAACAAGCAAAAAGAAAACUUCAAAAAUAGCUUCCAGCCCAUCAGCUCCCUGCGAGAUGACGAAAGACGAGAGUCAGCUACCGCAGAUGCCGGCUAUGCCAUCCUUGAGAAGAAGGGAGCACUAGCAGAGAGACAGCACACCAGCAUGGAUCUCCCGAAACUGGCCAGCGAUGAUCGCCCGAGCCCGCCACGGGGGCUCGUGGCAGCCUACAGUGGAGAGAGUGACAGUGAGGAGGAGCAGGAGCGCGGAGGCCCCGAGCGGGAGGAGAAGCUCACUGACUGGCAGAAGUUGGCCUGUCUGCUCUGCCGGCGCCAGUUCCCCAGCAAAGAGGCACUGAUCCGGCACCAGCAGCUCUCGGGGCUCCACAAGCAAAACCUUGAGAUUCACCGGCGAGCCCACUUAUCUGAAAAUGAACUAGAAGCACUAGAGAAGAAUGACAUGGAACAAAUGAAGUACCGAGACCGUGCCGCUGAACGUAGAGAGAAGUACGGCACGGAGCCACCAGAACCCAAGAGGAGGAAGUACGGCGGCAUAUCCACUGCCUCCGUGGACUUUGAACAGCCCACUCGGGAUGGGCUGGGCAGUGACAACAUUGGCAGUCGCAUGCUCCAGGCCAUGGGCUGGAAAGAGGGCAGCGGCCUGGGCCGCAAGAAGCAAGGCAUUGUAACACCCAUUGAGGCUCAAACACGGGUGCGGGGCUCCGGCCUGGGGGCGCGGGGCAGCUCCUAUGGGGUCACCUCAACUGAGUCCUACAAGGAGACGCUGCACAAGACAAUGGUGACCCGCUUCAAUGAGGCCCAGUAAAUGACUGCAAGAACAACUCCUACAUCUGUUGGGUGUCCAUCGAGGCAGGAAAAGAUGAUGUGUUGGGUGGUCCGAAGGAAACCCAGCUCCCAUCUGCCGGCCUGCUCCCCAGCCAGAGAGGCCCUGGCCAAGUCAAACUUCGAGCUGGUGACUUUCGUUGGAAAAUUGGGCUGGGAUCAUGUUCUUUUUGUAAUAAAAGCUGAAAAGUCUGCA